UUAUGAGAUCUUUUCUUCGGGUGUUUGGACAAAGUGGACAAAGGAAGGAAAUCUGUGGUUUGAUCCAGUAAGUCUGGACGCCUCUAAGGGAGGAGAGAAAGGAGGAGACUGGAGGUCUGCGCCGAAUCUGACGUCAGGAUCAGUCUGCAAAGAUAAGCCGUGGGGCUCAACAUUAACUACAGAGUCCAUCCUUUCCAGGGAGGUGCUGGAUAUCAGAAGGGUUCUGGUGCAAAGUCUGGCGCAGAUCCGACACUAUGAGGGCAGCAGAUCAGAGCCGCGGUCUUCAGCCUCUCCACUGAACCGUCAAAAAGAGAAAAUGGGAAGUGCGAGUGAAGACCUGCUCGUCACACUCCAGAUCUUGCCCGGCUUCUUCUCCAACUGUCUCUUUCUGGCUCUGUACGACUCCGUAGUACUGGUGAAGCGCGUCGUGACCCUACUGAGCCGGUCGCACUCCGCCGGCUGCGGAGAGUGGCGCCGCAUGCUGACAUCCGAGGGGCUGCGCUCCAUCUGGAACGGCUUCCUGCUGGACGCCUACAAACAGGUGAAACUUGGCUGUGAGGCACCAAACUCCAAGGUGGUGAAGGUUCCUGAUGGACCUCGGUGGAGCAGCACUGUUGUCCCAUAUGGGUCAAGGAUCCAGACUGGAGGUGAAUGUCGCCUUCUGGAUUUCGAGUCAUCAGAUCGCCCUCUGGUGGUGAACUUUGGCUCGGCCACCUGACCCCCAUUCAUCAGCCACUUGCCUGCCUUCCGGCAGCUUGUGGAGGACUUUAGCGACGUGGCUGAUUUCCUGUUGGUCUAUAUUGAUGAGGCCCAUCCUGCCGAUGGCUGGGUGGCCCCUCCCAUGGGGCCCUGUUCUUUCAGUUUCCGAAAACACCAGAACCUUGAGGAGAGAAUAGGAGCUGCACGCCAACUCAUCGAUCACUUUUCCCUACCGCCACAGUGCCAGCUAGUGGCCGACUGCAUGGAUAACAAUGCCAACGUGGCUUACGGGGUGGCAAAUGAACGAGUCUGCAUAGUGCACCAAAGGAAGAUCGCCUACCUAGGAGGAAAGGGACCAUUUUUCUACAACCUGAAGGAUGUGAGGCAGUGGCUGGAACAGAGUUACGGCAGACGGUAGGAGUUAUGAAUGACAUGACAGAGGACACAUGAAAACAGAGCCUCUUGGCUUUGUAUAAGGUAAACUGAAAAAAGUUUGUCAUAAAGAUCUCAGCCAUUGGGCUCUAAACAACUAUUUUCUGGAACUGCAGAGCACUUUUUUUGUUUUCAUACACACCAAGUGUGUUUUGUCCGCGUUUGUACCGAUUUGCUGCUGAAAAACAUGUUUUAAGAAGAAAAACACUAAUUUCCAAAUUUGAAAAUAUUUAAAAAAGAUUUUGUGAUUAUUUUUAGAAGGAUUGUAUAUUUUUUACAUCUUUGUUAGAUGUUUUUUGCACUAUUCCAACAAAACAACUUUCAUCUGCACCUUUACCUUCUUGGUUUUCCAUGCAGGACAUGCUACAGCAUUGUUCUCAAUCAUGUUUUGAUAUAAAAUCAAAAUAGAUUUAAUGUGGCAGAAAUUUGACUCAAUGUGGCCUUUUCUUUUCAUUCCAUUGUUAUUUUAAAUGGGGUUCUUUCUUACAAUAACUGCAUGCAGAGGACAUUAUUCCAUUGUUUAAAAAAAAUUCUAGCUCAGGGCCAUAGGUCUUCAUUGUUUCUCUGUAUUUUAUUUCCUAGUUCCACUACUUUAAUACCACCUCAGGGAUUCAGGAUGGUAAUUGUGUACUUUUGGUUUCAUUCCAUGUGAGCUUAACUAAAACAUAAAGCCCAGCUUUAAUCUUAUCUGGCAAUUAAAACUUUCCUCCAGCUGACAUGAUGCUUUGCCGUGUUCACUAACAUUUAGAAACACUUCUACCUGCCUUGCUGUUUUGGAGAGAUUUACACAGGUUGAAUUAUGCAGAAAGUUCAGGCUUUUGAAAUACCUCAAUACUGAGAAUUAUAUUUGGACUAGACUUGAUUAUGAGGAUCACCUUAAAAAAGCUGUUUGUAAUUGGCAUUAUUUAGGCAUGACAAAAGCCAUUGGUACAUUUACUCAUCAGUUAUAGGUUGUACCACAUUUUUAUUUGACUAAGGGGCUCCUUUUAAAUUAUUUGUCUUUUGACUGAUUUCUGGGGGUUUGGAAAGAGAUUUGGUUGAAUUUUGGAAUUACAGCAUUACAUUAAGGUAGAUCCAACUUACCACUUUGUAACAUUUCAACAGUGGACGAAGACAUUGCUGCGGCGCAAAAAUCCGUCUAAAAGUAGGUGAUCUUUACAGGGUGUUGGUGAGGCCAGGCAAGCAUGAAGAAGUGAGUGUACUCCCUGUUAGAGAAGAAUGGAUCACGGAAAGUCAUGGAGGGUUUUGAGCAUGCAUUCAAAAAGUGAACAGAAGCAGAUUUUUCAGUUAACAUGGUGGACAUUUGUAGCUUGUGUUUUAUGCCAAGUAAAACCCAAAAUGCCAUUGGUAUUUAGGUGAUGGACAUCAAAUAUAAAGUUUAACAUAAGUUCUUUAGAAUAACUUUAAAGGAUGAUAUAUAUAUAUAUUUAUUUCCUACCAGAUCUUUUUACUGCCCCUGUGAAUUCAGUGCUGAGCCUUUAUGAUGAUGAAUUGAGUUGUCCCAGAUCUACUUCCCCCUACUCCUGUUUUCAGCUAACAAUGGUCUCCAGGAAUAUUUUUAGUUUCAUAAGGGAAUUCACUGGGACUUAAGGUGCUGGGGUAUUUAUUUGAGCAGUCUUUUUGCAUUUGCUGUGUGGCACAUAUUGAUUUAACCAAGGCAUGAUGAUUGGGACAAGAUAUAGUGUAUUGCUCUACUACCUAAAUCCUUAUCAUUGAUUGAAUAAAAUGGCUUUGUACUGGAUGUCAGACACAGCUUUAGAAAAAAAAAACACGUUAGUCUGGAAAGAUUACACUAAAAACAUUUAAAAACAGGUGUGUUUUAAAGAUACACCAAUACAUUUGAUCCAAAGAUUAUAAAUGUUCAAGGUUUCACACAGAUUAGCUAAAAAGAAG